GGCGGGGGAAGGAGGGGAGACGGUUGUAGGGCUUUUGCUGGUGCCCGAGCCUGUGCGGCCUGAGGGGCGCGGAGACUCAGGGGGAGGGAGACGGUAGCAGCAUGGCGGCAGGGUAUGAGCCGCCCAACCCUCCUCUUCCCCGCUGUCGCCGCCGUCGCCGCCGGAGUCGCUGGGACCCUUUAGUCUGCGUGUUUUAGUUGUAAGCCCGCUGCCCGCCCGUCAGUCCUCCGGUCCACCCGCCCUCCUUCCUUUCUCUGCCACUGGCAGCCCGAGGGUCGGGCGGGCCGGGUAACUCCCACUCCCACCCCACCCACAAGCCCCGGGGCCGGGACCAUGGAGGACGUGAAGCUGGAGUUCCCCUCGCUCCCGCAGUGCAAAGACGACGCCGAGGAAUGGACAUACCCUAUGAGACGAGAGAUGCAGGAAAUUUUACCUGGAUUGUUUUUAGGUCCAUAUUCUUCUGCUAUGAAAAGCAAGCUACCUAUACUGCAGAAAUAUGGAAUAACCCAUAUAAUAUGCAUAAGACAAAAUAUUGAAGCAAACUUUGUUAAACCAAACUUUCAACAAUUAUUUAGAUAUUUAGUCUUGGAUAUUGCAGAUAAUCCAGUUGAAAAUAUAAUACGUUAUUUUCCCAUGACUAAAGAAUUUAUUGAUGGAAGCUUACAAACUGGAGGAAAAGUUCUUGUCCAUGGAAAUGCAGGAAUCUCCAGGAGUGCUGCCUUUGUUAUUGCAUACAUUAUGGAAACAUUUGGAAUGAAGUACAGAGAUGCAUUUGCUUAUGUUCAAGAAAGAAGAUUUUGUAUUAAUCCUAAUGCUGGAUUUGUUCAUCAACUUCAGGAAUAUGAAGCCAUCUACCUAGCAAAAUUAACAAUACAGAUGAUGUCACCACUCCAGAUAGAAAGGUCAUUAUCUGUUCAUUCUGGACCCACAGGCAGUUUGAAGAGAACACAUGAAGAAGAUGAUGAUUUUGGAAACAUGCAAGUGGCAGCUGCACAGAAUGGCUGACUCAAGCAACAUUAGAGAGGAUGUGAAUUUCUAUUUGGGAAGAAGAAGAUACUAGAGACAAUAAUAAUGUAAAAUGGUAAAAACACAAGUCAUAUAUUUUUUUUUUUAAUUAUAUGUUGCUUCCAGGCGUUUCUCUGCAACUUGUUGGGCAACAUUUUAAGAUGUUGGACUUCUGCAAUAGAUGGCACUGAUGGUUUUACUCCUUUCUUCUUUUUCUUUUCUUUUCUUUUUUU